CGGAGUCAGACAUCUGGGGUACUUUCUUACAUUCUCAGCCUCAUUCGAGCUCAUUGCAUACCUUCUUCGGGACUCGUGCAGCAAGUCUUCUCUUAAAAAAAAGCAGUAUUGCCCUUGCACCCAACGUCUCGUCAAUUCACAGCAUUGCCUCGCGUUAACUAACAGGUACACCACAAAGACUGCCGAAGCAUUAAGACCUGAACCAAGAGUCGUCAUAAUAUCCUAUCUCAGGGAACGCACAAAACUUCGCCCACUAGACACUCAAUCGCCUCCUACAAGCAGUUCAUGCCAACAUAAAGUUCACCAAAUACAGGAUCUGUUACCAAAUGAGCCCCUCCAAGCCCAAAAACAAAAUCCUCGUGGCCUGGUCCAUCGACUUCGACGCCCUCUCCGGCUGGCUGGGCACCGGCCAACACCCCUCCAACUCCACCGCCGACUACAGCGCAGGCUACUUCAGCGCGCACGUCGGUGUCCCGCGGCUCCUCCGCCUGUUCACCGAUCUCCAGAUCGCCGACAAGGUAACCUGGUGUCUCCCAGGCCACAGCAUCGAGACCUUCCCCACGCAGACGCGCGCCAUCGUGGACUCGGGUGCUGAAAUCGCGUUGCACGGGUACGCACACGAAGCAGCCUCGCAACUCACCGCGGAGCAGGAGCGCGACGUCGUCACCAAAUGCAUCUCCCUGGUCCACGACCUGACGGGGAAAAAGCCAAAAGGAUACCGCGCACCGCUGUAUCAGCUCAAGGAACGCACCAUCUCGCUACUGCAAGAGCACGACUUCACCUGGGACUCGUCUCUCACGCACCACGACUCCACGCCCUACUUCCUGCCCUUGGACCCGGCCCCGAUAGGCCCCAUAGACUUCCAACCUGAGACCAACGCGAAAGACUGGAUGAAGCCUACCCCCUCAUUCCUAGAUUUGCCAAAAAGUCAGCUCGUCGAGAUUCCCUGCAACUGGUACAUGGAAGACAUGACACCGCUCCAAUUCUUCCCUAAUGUGCCCAACUCUGCGGGGUACGUCGACGUGCGCGUGGUGGAGCGGAUGUGGAUGGACCGGUUUGAGUUUUUUCUCAAAGAGAUCGAGCGCGGAAGAGACGACAUGGUGGUGUAUAGUAUGGUGAUUCACCCGGAUACGAGCGGGAUGGCGCAUGUGAUUGGGAUGGUGGAGCGGUUUUUGCGGUGGGUGCUGAGUUUUGGGGACGAGGUGGUGGAGUUUAGGACGUGCGGGAGUAUUGCGGAGGAGUUCAGGAAGAGGGAUGAGGAGAAGACAGGCAAGGAAACUUGAGUGGAUAUGGAAAAGACAAAACACC